AUGAAAAUCUGCGAGAGCAAGCUGCCCAUCAUCCCGAUCGAGGACGCCAAGAACUAUUCCUGCAGCGACGACAACGACACCAUCAACCUGGAGAACAACUCGAACGACCUGAACAGUUACCAAAAUUUUCUGAUCGGAAGUUCGCCUCACGAUGUGGCGCACAAGUGCAGGGAUAAGCAUAUGCACUCGUUGGUAAAGAAGGAGAAGAGCACAGAGAAGAAUUGCAGCACUGGGGGGAGCAACGCGGGUAGCCAUGCAGGCAGUCAUCUGUGGAGCCACCGUGCGCGCAUGCGUACAAGCGGCCGCAGUAACAAUGAGAAGGGUUUAAAUUUGAUCAAAAGGAAAAAGGGGCUUAUGAGAAAAGACCCGUAUGGAAGUACGCACUUGGUAUUAGGCAAUAUACGUAGUGGUAGGAAGUUAAAAAGGAAGCUGUUGUGGAAUACUUACUAUGGAGACCAAAAUACAAACGUUUCUGAAUUAUCAUACAUAAAAGAAUUUGAAAAUAAUUCCUUUAUGCACGACAAUAAUCAUCACAUGAUAGUGUACGAAAAUAAGUACCCAGAUUAUGGUGCAAGAAGUACAAGAGAAAAUCGAGGCCAAAAAAUUAAAAAUUUUUUUGUGUACUCCCCAGAUAUAAUUCAAAGGUGGAUACGAGUUAUAUUUAAUGUGAUCAUAACAUCCCUAAUCGUGACACUAAUAUAUUUUACAUUUGUGUCCGUUAGGGAAGACAUAAACAAAAAGGUAGCCAUUCAAAUGCAGAACGUAAAGGAAGAAUCUGACUCGUGUAAGAAACAGUACUAUGCUCAUAAAUGUGGUACAAUAAAUUUACCUGUCCUAAAUGAUAAAUGUGAAGAAUGGCUAAGGUGUAUGAAAACUGAUCAUAAAUUAUACCAGGAUUUUUCUUUCUUGUCUGCACAAAUGUUGGGUCAACUUAUAAAUGCAUUUAUUGUUCAGUUUGAAUGGAAGAGCAUUUGUGUCAUUGCUUUUAUUUUCCUUUUAAUUUUUAUUGGUAGUAAUUAUGCCUUAUCCAUUGGUGGAGGCGGGGGUAGAGGAAAUGGUAAUGAGUAUAAUAUGUAUAGUCCACAUAUGAGUCCUCGUAUGUACCCUAAUGGAAACAUCCCUCCUUUUCCUUACUACCAAUUUUAUCCUUCCAUGCCUCAAGGCAUGAGUUAUGGCGGAUCAAGUAACAACCCUGAUGUCCCAAUGAUGAGUAUUCCCUUUUCACAAAAUAAAUACUACUCAAGUGGAAGUGUGGGUAGAUCCGGAGGGUACCCCCCAACAAAUUAUAGCUACCUCAAUCAGUACACAAACAAUAGCGAGAACAAUGCCUCCACGCAGUCCAACUGCAGAAAUAAGGAUUACUCCGAGGUAUAUAAUGGUGCCUCCAAGAAGGAUUCCAAACGCGGGUCCAAGAAAUUGGGCUUCCUCAAGUACCUCACCCCGGGUUUUAAGUAG